GAUGCUAAAAUCUUAUGACUGUGCGCAUGCGCAUGGAUUCGCACGCUGUCCGGAGGAGUUGAGUGAAAUCAAAACAAACCGCUUUUAAUCGGGGAAAGGUUACAAGAUAUGUGGAUUUACAGAAUUUUUAGGAAGCACGGAUAACUCAAUGGUACCAGAACAAUGGCGACUCCAGCUAUACGGAUGUUUCGGCGGUUAGAGGGUCUGUUUUGUGUGUACAAACCCUCAGGUGUCCACUGGGAACUCGUGAGAGAUACCAUCGAGACGAAUCUUCUUAAAGGUAGGGGAUUAAAGACUAUUUUAAAAAGACGAUCAUUAGGUCUGGAAAUAACACCGUCUGUUGUGAGUGUGAGGAUAGUUUGCACAGACAUAUGGGCGACCUCUACUGAACCUGCUGACCUCUAUGUCCCCCCUCAUAGGAGUGAACUCUACUCCGUCACUGCCUCUUCCUCGGGAGGUCCGCUUCUUGGCUCUUGAAGGCAGCGACAGUGAAGCCCCCAAGGCACUUAGACUGACCGCAGUCUCUGUCCCAGUGCUGUCCAAGCAUCCUCUGGGUGAGUGUAAACACCCGGACCCUCUACUUACACAAGAAACACCUGGAUAAACUAAAGGUUCUUUCAAUACUUCAGAAGUGACCAUCUAUAUUAUAAUGUGCAAUUGAUUCUUUUUACAAUUACCCACUUUAAUAAAUUUAAUACAAUAUCUUUUUAAUUAAAGGCAUAUUCUGGCGUAAAAUUAAUUUAAGGUCAAACACACCGAAUUAGAAACCUCCUCUAGAGAAGAAUGUUGCCGACCGCUUGCUUCUCUAGUUAUACCAACUUAUGUAAGGACUGCACGGUAGCAAUACAGAGAGCCUUGCACUCAACCAAAACACCACUCUAUAGCCACAAAUAAUGCUCAGAACAGCACCUAACUUCAUCAACAGAACAUAUAGGGUCCUAGCCAUAGUACUAGCCACCAAACAUCUAUUUAACUUUGCCUGAUUUCUUUAGCAAAGAGACUAAACACAACUCACUUACUCUCUUCCAGCAGCCACUUGUUUGUAGUGAGACCUCAGGCUGGUUCAUUAUGGACUGUUGCGGGGUGACGCACUUUAAGAAAGAACAUUUGUGAUCAUUUCUUUAUCAUUUCUGUGAAAUAAUAAUCACCAUAUUAAUCAUUUUAUACUGCAGACACGGUAGUUCUUUUGCCUUAGCGUCUCGGUCUGAAAUGAUCAUAAAUGUUCUUCCUUGAGCUGCGUCACCCCGCAACAGUCCAUAAUGGACUGGCCCGAGGUCUCUACAAACAAGUGGCUGCUGGAAGAGAGUAGGUGAGUUGUGUAUUAUUUGAGUAAACCAUUUUGUCUUUGCUGAAGUGACUGGACCUGAAUUUCGGCACAUCAAAGUUGGAGUAGGACAUUGCCUGGACACCCCUUCCUCUGGUGUUCUUGGUGAGUUUUUCAGAGCAUAUGGAAUAAAAACACUCAUCCGUUUCAUCUGGCAUAAUCAUUUUUCUUGAUGCAUAUUUUUAUUUCAGUACUUGGUGUCGGGAAUGGAAACAGGACCCUGAAUGAUUUCUACAGGGCACGAGUCACAAGGGUAAUUCUCGGUCUCUGCGUGUUUUACAUUAGUUGGAAAAAAGAUGUGAUAAAGAAAUGUUAAGUGCUUUUUUGAUGGGUUUCAGGAUUAUACGCUUGAGGGAGAAUUUGGGACUGCAACAGAGGAUUUCUCUCACACAGGCCGUGUUGUGGAAAGGUCUACUUAUGGUAGGAGGUUCAGUUUUCAUGUUUGGUUCUAUCCAUAGACUGUAUAUACUAUGGACAACUUGGUUCCAUGUCCAUUCUAUAUACAUUCUAUGAUUCUAUCAGUUUUUCAUCAUGUUUAUGACAUUGAAGAUUGGUAUUAGUAUCCAAAUUUAUUUAUUUUUUAUUUUAUUUUUUAAAUCUGCCAACUACUAUAAUUUAAUGACAGUACACACACCAGUUGUUUUAUAUCAAGUAAAGAAGUAUUUGAAACAGUGGAUCCUCUUAAUUAUUCACCAGUUUUACACAGUAAAUCAAUUCUUUGACUGUUCUUAAUAUUAUUAUUUCUUUUUUAAACAGAUCAUAUCAACCAGGACAACCUGAACAGAGUUUUGGCAGCCCUGGAGGGAGCAAAUCAGAAGGCUUUGUUAACGUAAGUUAUCAUGUCUUAUCUAGCUCACAUUUUAUAAACAUAUCAGUACUGCUUGCUGUACAGUCUGUUUUUUGUUUGUACUUUACUUCACAAUAUUUCUCCAGGCAAAAAUGAUCCACCAGUCAACAAAGUGCUUCCAACACAUCCUCACAGAGAUACUCCAUGAUUAUUCUUAGCACAUUAAAAUACCUGUUUUGAGUUUUUUUCAUUAUCCUUCUGUGCAGGUAUUCCAACAUAGACAUGAACUCACAGGAGGCCUAUGAGUUGGCAGUUCAAGGUUUACUUGGUCCAGACGGAAAAUCACCACCUAUCCUGACAGGCUUGCGUUGCAUUCGUUUUCAGCCACCCAACUUUACUCUAGGUAAAUUUAACCUCCAGCAGGUUUUUCUUUUCAUGAUUUUGAUCCUUCAUAAUUUCAAAAUACUCACAAAUGUUGUUCGGUGUCUUUCUUAUCUGUUCACAGAAGUGCAGUGUCUCAAUGAAACUCAGAAGUAUUUACGCAAAGUUGUGCACGAGAUAGGACUAGAGCUGCGCAGCACAGCAGUGUGUAAAGGAGUCAGACGGACCAGAGACGGCUCCUUCGCCCUGCAGGACGCUUUGACCCGUCACCAUUGGACUGCUUUGGAUGUUCACCAGGCUAUUAGAAAAUACCACUCGUCCAAGAAAGGCAAAAAACUAUUCCGCUCAAGGAAGAAGGAGCCGCCGCUAUCAGAGGAUGAUACAUCAAGUGACAAUGAAACAAGCAGAAACAAAGAAGUUGCAGGCUAAAUGAAAUCACUCACGGCUUUCAGCAGCAGUGCAAACAUACCACUGUCCUCGUUCAUACCAAAGAGCCUGCGCAUUGCAUCACUCCGAAGUCCUGUGUUCUGGAGGAAAAGGUUCAUUGAAUCUUUAUAAUUUAAUAAACAAACUUCACUUUUACUUUCCAAAGACAGUCGCUUGAACAUGUGGACAUGUUUUCAGUUUUGUUCAAUUUUGAAAAGGUUAUACUGACAUGUUCCCGAUUUACUCAUCAGGUUGUGUUUAAAUGAGUUGCAGAAAAAAAGGUUCCUGCAGUUUAAGCGUACUACUGUUUCACAAAUUAAUCAUGCAUGAGGAGAACGUAGUUAGUGUCACCUUGAGCUUAAAAAUGAGUCUCUUGUUAAAAAGGACUGUAGAUGAGGUUUAGCACUGACUUUAUUUCCCUCUAAAGCAAAUUUCCUGGAGGUUCUUUAGUUGAUAAGACAGCUGUAAUGUUUCGACUUGCUGAAUGUGUGCAGUUAAUUUUUAAAGAGCCAUCUGAUCCCCUGCUUUUGUGUCUCUGAUGUCAUGGAAAAAACACACGCUGAUCAGCUCUUCUAAUGUGUGAAAAUAUCAGGUCCUCUAAAAGAGAAAAGGCCCCACUGAUAAAUCCCAGCGGACUAAAAAGCUGUAUGUGUGGUCUUGGCUUUCACUGAUAUAAAAGAGCUGGAAACGAGUCAAAAACAGUCAUGUGUUCUUCUGAAAUGACUUACUCUUUAGAGAAAGUCUUGCUGUGUUGUCUGCUGCUUGGUGUUUCACAGAGUGUACCAGCCUGACACGGCUUAAUCUAAUCAAUUGAAGGCAAAAACAAAAUAACUUCUUCCUGAGUAAAUGCAGCCAGAGCCAGUCCCUAAUAUCAGAUUUGAUGUUCUGUCUCUCUCUCUCUCUGUCUGUGUCCUCAGUUGAUUUUGGAAGAUGCUGGCUCAGGGUUUCUGUUUCCCACAAAAGCUCCUUUGGGAUGUGAUAAAGUACCGCAGUGGUGCCAUUGUUUUCAUGAACUUCAUUCCAGUGAAAAACACGUCACUCAGCAGGAACACUAAUGUCUUUGUCAGUGUUGGAGCACAAAACUAACACAAGAGGACAAAUUAAUUACAGGACAGAGCAGUCAAUGAUUAGUAGGUUUAAUAAGCAGGGAGUGAUAUCAGGUAUUCAUCUAGUUCAAAUAAAAAUGCUCAGUUUUAUCCUGUAUAUAUAAAAAUGUGAGAUUAUUGUACAAGCACAUGCCUUUAACUUUACCAAUAAUAUACUUCAUGGCAAUCAUUCACCAAAUAACAGAAGAAGGGAUGACAAUUCUGACUUAUAAACAACUUUAAAAUUAAUAUUGCUGAUUUUCAGUGAGUACAAUCACAUAAGCUGCACAUUAAAAGAAAAAGGCAAACCUUGUUAGGGGUUACAUUUGGCAACAAGACAAUUCAAAGUGCAUUACAGGAGACAUAAGAUGUAGUUCAAAAGCAACAUUUCAAAGUGUUGAAAUCUGAAAUUCUAGUGGACCAGUGAUUAUCUCAGUGUGUUUUAAAAGGUUAUUUGCCUGUUAAUAUGUGGAUGCUGUGAAAAUUGAAGGCACACAUAUAUUCAUUUAAUAAACAUUUUUCCAGUAAGGGUACAAACAGUUCCCAAAUAACACCCAAAGGAUGAGGGUGGAAGAAAAUACUGUGAGGCAAUUCCUUCAAAAACACAAAAAAACAUUUUUUCCCGAACUUAGGAUCUGACAAACCAAUCUGAACAGAAAGUACUUUUUAAGAUGGAGUGUGGCAUUUCUCAGAAAGAUCAUUUAUCACACUCUCUUGGACCGGGAACGAGACACAGCAAAUAAUGAAUCAAUGUGGUUAUUUCUCAAAGGAGAAACAGGCUUUCUUACCCCGGGAGAAAAAUCAAUCAAGAUGAAACCACAAUGCAAAACAACUCCAGAAAAAGUGAACAUGUUCGGUUCAGAACGAUGCAUUUUCUCCUACACUGACAAACGCUUAUUGACCAA